AUGUCAGGCUUGUUCUAUUCUAUUCAUCCUAAAACAGCAAGUAAGAUUUUGUGCUCUCAUUUUGAGGCUCAAUUCGCCCACUACGUUUUUCCAUGUUUCGAUGAUUGGGAGGAGAAGGCCACUUUCCAGCUUUCCGUAAGCAAUUUACAUUCAAAUUUCAGAUGUAUUUCAAACACGACUCCUAAAAUGAAGAAUGAUUCCAAAAAGAUAAUUACUUUUAACACUACUCCAAAAAUGUCAAUAUAUUUAGUCGGACUAUUUAUUGGACAAUUUGAGUGUAUUGAAACGACAUAUACGUCUAACUUGGAUAAUACUGAAAUUCCUAUUAACGUUAAUUAUUUGGAAUCGACAUCUCUUAUUACUGAUAAUGCCAAAACUGUCCUUGACAUGUCGUGUAAAAUUUUACCAAUAUUGGAAAACUAUUUUGACAGCGCCCUCUCAAAACAACAAAUUUCUAAAAUUGAUUGGAUUAUUAUUCCUGAUCUGAUUAUUGGUGGAGGUAUGGAAAACUGGGGGUGCAUUACUUUACUUGAAAAGCAUACAGCCAACACCUCUAUGGACAUGAAGAAGUUAGGACCAUUUGUCGAAAUUCUUUCGCAUGAAUUAUCUCACUUUUGGGUCGGAAAUUUGGUUGGAUUUCCAUUCCAUAUUAAGGAAGGGUUAGCACUCUACCUUGAACAAAUUGUUACAGACGAAGUGUUGAAACGACCUUCAUCUCUUUCCAUCAAGAAAAAUUCAACUGAAAAAAGAAAGGACUUGGUGACUGAAAUUAAGCAAGGAAAUGACAAUUUAUCAGUAGAACAAGCAUUUUCGAAAAUGUUUUCUGGUGUUGCCUAUACUCAAUGCUUUGACUGGAUUUGCACAGAAUGUGUUGGAGCUUUGGGACCUACUACCUUCAGAGAUAGACUUCGACAGCUCAUUUCAGAAAAUGAAUUUGGAUUUGUGCAUGAAAAGGACUUUACACAAGUCUUUAAGUAA